GACUCCACAAUGGCUCGUACCAAGCAAACGGCUCGCAAGUCGACCGGUGGCAAGGCGCCCCGCAAGCAGCUGGCCACCAAGGCCGCUCGCAAGUCCGCCCCCACUUCGGGUGGCGUCAAGAAGCCCCAUCGCUUCCGCCCCGGUACCGUCGCUCUUCGUGAGAUUCGUCGCUACCAGAAGUCGACCGAGCUCCUGAUCCGCAAGCUGCCCUUCCAACGUCUGGUUCGCGAGAUUGCUCAGGACUUCAAGACGGACCUCCGCUUCCAGUCAGCGGCCGUUGGUGCUCUGCAGGAGGCCGCUGAGGCCUACCUUGUUGGCCUCUUUGAGGACACCAACCUCUGCGCCAUCCACGCCAAGCGUGUCACCAUCAUGCCCAAGGACAUCCAGCUGGCCCGCCGCAUCCGUGGCGAGCGCGCUUAAGCGCCUUGUGACUACAUCUAUCCCUCUUGGGAACAUUCUUCUUUACCAACUCCCGGUGUUCUUAAACACCACGAUUUCUACAAUCAUCUCUAUACCCAACCCGCGAAGCAGGCCUGCGUGCCCUGUGAUAACAAAAGUCUUGUACCCAGUAGUCGAAACACAUUGGUAUCAAAACU